AUGAAAGCAUUCAUCAAGGUGGAGGCGAAGCAUUUUCAAUCAAUUCAAGUUGCGUUUGUAAAGCCAGAUAAUAAAGCUAAGCUUGAGCACAAAAUUCGUUUAAAGGCUUCAAUUGAGGUGGUGAGACUCCUCUUGAAUCAAGGAUUGGCAUUUCGUGGACAUCGUGAAGAUGAAUCAUCAUUAAACAAGGGUAACUUUCUUGAAAUUCUUUCAUGGUAUGCGAAGCGGUGUGAUAAAAUUAGUGAUCUUGUGUUGAAGAAGGCUCCAAAAAACAAUCAGUUGACUUCUCAUAAAAUUCAAAAAGAUAUUAUCACCGCAUGUAAGUUGGAAACAAUUAAAGCUAUUAUGGAGGACCUAAAUGGUGACUAUUUCUCAUUGCUAGUUGACGAAUCUUGUGAUGUGUCACGUAAGGAGCAAAUGGCAAUUGUUUUGCGAUAUGUUGAUAGAUGGGGAUCUGUGGUGGAACGCUUUAUUGGGAUUGUUCAUGUUCGUAAUACUAGUGCUCUAUGUUUAAAAGAAGCAAUUGUUAACUACCUUGCUCAACAUUCAACAUUCUUUGAGUUUAUCUAA